GUGGACUGCCAGUGAGGUGUGACUUAAUAAAAAUACUUUUUAUUUCGAUAGAAUCUGCAUUAAUUCAAAAUGAAGGUCUUUAUUUUGUGCAUCAUAUUGUGUACAUUCUUCGUGCCAGUUGCAUCUGUUGGUCCAGAUGUAGUGUCAGUGUCAGUGAUGGAGGGGAGAUGCAGUCACUCUAUACACUGGACUUAACAAAUCCCAACAAGAAAGAAUGAGAUGGUAUUUUCAUGUCGAUCGUAUAGCAGAAAUCACUGGAGAUCAGAGUAAGAUCUGUACAGAUGAACAGUGUAAAGAGAGAUUCAGAGACAGACUGAAGCUGGACCAUCAGACUGGAUCUCUGACCAUCAUGAACACCACACUCACAGACUCUGGACUUUAUAAACUACUAAUCAACAGUCAUAACAGUGAAAUAAUCUUUGGUGUUUCUGUCAGUGCCAUUCCUGCUACUCUGCUAGACAAAAUGAAGAAAAACGUGAGAGAAUCUGUCAGUUUAGAUCCUGGUGUAAUAAACCACCCAAAUGAUUUGAUGAUGUGGUAUUUCAACGACUCUCACAUCGCUGAAAUCACUGGAGAUCAGAGUAAGAUCUGUACAGAUGGUCAGUGUAAAGAGAGAUUCAGAGACAGACUGAAAUUUGUGCAUGGAUCUUUGACCAUCACAAACUGUAUAAGCACAGACUCUGGACUUUAUAAACUACAGAUCAACAGCGGCAGAUUCAGCAUCAUUAGGAGCUUCAGUGUUACUGUCACUGAUGCACUUGGUCUGGCAGUGAUGGAGGGAGAUUCAGUCGCUCUACACACUGGUGUUAAAAUGACCCAACAAGACAGAAUUAGAUGGUAUUUUAAUACCAUUCGCAUAGCAGAAAUAAUUUAUACACAAAGUAAGAUCUGUAUAGAUGUUGAGUGUAAAGAGAUAUUCGGAGAAAGACUGAAGCUGGACAGUCACACGGCUGAUCUCACCAUCACAAACUUCAGAACCACAGACUCUGGAGAAUAUAAACUACUGAUGAUCAGCCGCAACAGUGACAGGAUCUUCAAUGUUGCUGUCAGUGAUGUUCCCGCUGCUGAACGAGAUGCAAUGAAGAGAAAGUCAGUGAAGGGGGGAGAAUCUGUUACUUUAGUUCCUAAUGUAAAAAAUACAAAUAAUCUGAUUAUAUGGUACUUUAACAACUUUCACAUCGCUGAAAUCACUGGAGAUCGCAGUAAGAUCUGUACAGAUGUUCAGUGUAAAGAGAGAUUCAGAGACAGACUGAAGCUGGAUCAUCAGACUGGAUCUCUGACCAUCAUGAACAUCAGAACCACAGACUCUGGAGAAUUUAAACUACAGAUCAGCAGCAGCAGAUUCAGCAUCAUUAGGAGCUUCAGUGUUACUGUCUCUGGUACAGGUCCACCUUCGGGUGAUGUAGUAGGAAAAUAUGCUGCUGUUAUUGGUGGUGCUGCUUUUCUGUUGGUCACGGCUGCAGCAACUGCUUUUGUGAUUUACAAACGUGCAAAAAAUGAAUGGCAAGUAUUACAUAGAACUGACUAUUGA